ACCCGGUUCUCGACCUGCGCGCGAACCACCAGCCCCUUCCACUCGCGACCCUCAGCCUUGAGCCUCCAUCACCAAUCUUUGUCAGGUUCUUUCGCCAAACACACUUAGCCAUCAUCCUAACCAGCCCGCGCCCUAUCGGAUCCUGAUCAAUCGCAGUACGCGACAUAGUUUCUGGCGACUUCGACGACAUGAGUGACUUCGGCCACUUUGGCGGCUCCGACGAGGAGUACACGACGGUGCGAAAGCACAAUGCCGAGGUGGAGGCCGACCCCGACAACUUCGAGAAUUGGGAAAACCUCAUCAAAGCAUGCGAAACCCUCGAGGGUGGCUUGAACCGCAACUCCAGCCCGCAGGCUCUGGCGACAUUCCGCGAUGCCUACGACAGAUUCCUCCUCAAGUUCCCUCUCCUGUUCGGCUACUGGAAGAAAUACGCCGAUAUGGAAUUCAACAUUGCUGGACCUGAAUCAGCUGAGAUGGUCUAUGAACGCGGAUGCGCUAGCAUCACCAAUUCUGUCGACUUGUGGACGGAUUACUGCUCCUUCAAGAUGGAGACAACCCAUGACCCACACCUCGUCAGAGAACUCUUUGAGCGCGGCUCGACCUUGGUUGGCUUGGAUUUCUUGGCCCACCCCUUCUGGGACAAGUACAUCGAGUACGAGGAGCGACAGGAGGCCCAGGAUCGCAUCUACGCCAUCCACGCUCGCGUUAUUCGCAUCCCCAUGCACCAGUACGCCCGCUACUACGAGCGUUUCCGAUCUCUCUCGCACAAUCAGCCCAUGUCUGAAGUAGUCGCCACUGACGUUUUGGCCGGGUUCAAGUCCGAGGUUGAAGCGGAAGCCGCCGCGUUCGGCGGACCUCAGAAGCCAGAGCUGGAGAUUGAGCGGGAAAUUCGAGGAAAGAUUGACAACAUGUACUACGACAUAUUCACAGCAACCCAGAACGAAGUUUCGAAGCGCUGGACGUACGAGUCAGAGGUCAAGCGGCCGUACUUCCAUGUCACGCCACUGGAACAUUCUCAACUUGUUAACUGGCGCAAGUACUUGGACUUUGAAGAAGCCGAGGGUGACUAUGGACGAAUCGUCGCCCUGUACGAGCGAUGCAUCGUCACAUGUGCCUUCUACGACGAGUUCUGGUUCCGGUAUGCUCGAUGGAUGUCAGGGCAGACAGGGAAGGAAGAGGAGGUGCGAAACAUCUACCUGCGGGCUUCGACAAUGUUUGUCCCAGUGAGCCGACCCGGUAUCCGAAUGCAGUGGGCCUACUUUGAAGAGAGCACCGGCCGACCUCAGAUCGCUUUGGACAUUCACGCUGCUAUCCUCUUCAAGCUUCCCGACUGCGUCGAGGUCAUUGUGUCUUGGGCCAAUGUUGAGCGAAGGCAGAACGGCAUUGAGGCAGCCAUUCAAGUUUACAAGGACCAUAUCGAUGCUCCCACCGUGGACAUCUACACCAAGGCUGCGCUGGUGGCAGAAUGGGCAAUGCUGCUGUGUAAAGCUAAGGGUGCAGUCGAAGAGGCUCGGGCCGUGUUCCUUAAGAAUGUGCAGUGGUACGCAGACAGCCGAUUGUUCUGGGACCGAUGGUUCCAGUUUGAAUUGGAGCAGCCAACGAGCACCGAAGCCGAGGCCAAGCAGGGCGAGCGGGUGAAGCAAGUCUUUGACGAACUUAGAGAGCGCAGCCGCCUCUCACCAUCCUCUAAAAAGGAGCUGGCACAGGUGUACCUCAACUACCUGGUCCAGCGCGGUGACAAAGACUCCAUGAAGGUGUUCUUGCAAGUUGAUAGGGAAAUGUUUGGUCCAUCAUCAGUUGCGAAGUUGUCGAACGGCGCAGAGAGUGCCAAGGAGAAUGGUGCCGCUCAAGGCGAACUCGACGACGCAAGUAAGCGGAGGGCAGAGGCUCGGUUCUUGCAGUUUUUCGAGACCCACGGAGAGCCCGACCCGAAUGCACAGGGCACUGCGGAUUUCAACUAGAAGAUGUAUUGGAAGAACGGGAUACGGCUACGAGAACAGGAGCUUGAGGCGCUCGAUUUGAGACGCAAGGGUAGAAACAUCGUGUAGUAUAAUACUUGGAGCCUCUGGGAGUAGCAAGGCAGGCUUGGAUGCAAGCAGCAGGCGGAGGGUGUACUUAAUACCUCGGGGCCCAGACAAUUGACAAAUUCAGUUA